CCUUAACCUAGAAAAUGCACUUUUAAAUGUGUUUCUUUUAGAAAAUGAGUUGUGCAGAAACAUCCUGUUAUGUUACAAAUCCAUCUAUUCUUCUUUGGGUAAUCUCAUUUAAACCGCAACAGUCACACAAAACAGGCUGUUGGAGAUCCCCUAUCAAUGUGAUGUCACAUUGAUUAUGCCCCAACCAUAACCGCUCACACUCCGCAUUAUGAGCGCGUAGUUCAACCUCAUGCCAGAGACACAUGUUUUGAUAUAGUCCAGAGGACAUGUGUAAGAGCUCUACCCCUUACUUUGCAUAGAGGGGAACAGAAGCUUUCUUUGCAGUCAAAGAAACACACACAAAAACAGCGUGUUUGCAGCCACAAAUGGCCAUGUUUGAGUUAUGAAAGAUCUCUCAGACACAUUCUGGGGAUACAAUUGUACAAUUGGCUAUCACUGGUGCUGGCGUGGUACCCUAAGGGUACCGUUUUUUACCUUUACCUUUAUAAAUAGUUUUGGAUCCAUUGUACACUAUUGUGUACCUUUAAAGGUACAGUUAAAUGUUUUGUUCCUCUAUGAACAAAAUUGUACCACCACGGUACCUUUUUUUCUGAGAAUAUAAGGUCUUAAUUUGAAGCCAGUAGGGGAUGGUGCAUCUACAUUUUGCUAUUUGGGAAAAUGGUGGAGCCAUGGCAGGCACACAGGUGGCUGAGCUUCUCUAAGAGAGACAGACAUGUUAGAAUGGCCAACCUGAAGCUGAAUGUGAAGAAACACUACAACAGAGUAAAGUCAUCUAACAAUAGUUUAAUAAAUUCCUGCGCAUUUAUUUGUCGCGAGUCUGUUGGCAUUCGUGUCCCUAUGUCAAAAGCGAUGUGAGAAUGCUGCUGCUCUCACUUUCCAGAAGAGAUCCUGGCACAGAGAGGCACUGACAAACCCACACAAACAUGCCAGAAGCACAGAGUGCUUCAGUCAUCCGCGGAGCGGACGCAGACAGGAAAGGGGAGAGAAAGCUAUCGAUGGAAGUUUAGAGAGUGUGCGGUUUAUGUACAGAAGGAAGAUGGAUAGGAAGACAGAGAGGGAGAGAGAGGAGCGACUCCAUCAAUAACGCUCAAUGGAGUUAAAGUGGAUCUGACUUCACUAAAGCUGGCUCUAUACAUGAUGGCGUGCUGCUGUUGUCCUGUACCGUGCCUCAGAAACUGCUUCUCGUUUUCAGCGAUUUCAUCUGCUGAGCUUGAUGCCUUAUGGAAUGACCCUCCGUACACUUUAGCAGCCAUCAGUGAGCUCUUUCCACCAAAUGACAUCAUGACAGCUGAUGAGGAAGCGGAGGCUGAGGUGGAGGCAGAAGGCACAAACAGAGAGAGUUACUGGAGAAGGAAGGAGGCAUUGAGUGGAAGCGGCACCAUAUCUUCCGGAGAGCGCUUUUCUUCAGAUGUCAUCUUAUUGUUCAGUGGAAGACGACGAUCUAGUGUCCAGCCUGACGGUGAGCUUCAGGAGAAGUUACGCACCAGACUCAGAGUAGUAGAAAGCAACAGCCAGGAUGUCACACAGCUCUUCAAGGAUCUGUCUGCCCGACUGGUGUCCGUUCAUGCUGAGAAGGACAGCUUUGUCAUUACCUUCAAGACAGUCGAGGAGAUCUGGAAGUUUUCUACUUACCUGGCACUCGGGUAUGUGGCAAGAUGUCUUGAGAACUUUCUCUGUGACCAGUCAUUGUGGCUGGACCCUGCACUGCUAAGUGAUGUAGAGAUCUCUGUGACAGUGGAUGAAGACCAUUUAGCUACUCUCUACCUAGGACUCUUGCUACAGGAAGGUACAUUCUUUGCCAAGGCUUUAUGCAACAGUGAUUGCAAAGAUGAAGAAGAAGAGGAGCUGACCUACAGGAGGAAUGACUUGAUCAUGAUGAAAGACAUUGGACAGGAGGCCAUGUGGGAAGCAACACAGCUGUCCACAGGUCAACAUGGUCUAGUGCCUGUGCAUGACAUGCAACCUCUGCCUUAUCCUUUUUAUCAGUGGUUCCUUAAGAAAUAUCCUGGAAAUACAGGAGGGGUUCUAGUUACAGAAAGUCUCUUUGAUCAUCCUAUUGUGGUGGGGACAUGUGUUGCCAUAGUAGACCAUUACCCGGUGGUUACAGAUGAACUGCAUUUACACCAGGGAGACCUUAUCAAGAUUGAAGGAUUUCUUCUCAAUACUCUAAACAUGUUCAUAGGAAGACACCUCACCAGUGGAAAAAAAGGAUUUGUGCACAAGGCCCAUGUCAAACCUGAAAGCAUCAAACCUCUCAGUGGACAAUUGGUCUUUCUGAGUGAAGAGGAAAGGGCAGCCCUGUCUAAGCUUAACCCCUGCUUUGAGCCCUGCCAGACUGAUGUACUGGGUAAUCUGUUCUCCACUGACAUAAGCACUGUGUACAGAUUAGACAGACUGGAUGACUCCGACUUCCCUUAUAUUAAAAACCAUCCAAAGUCAGAGGCGAAAACUCCAGUGGAUCUAAGAAAGAGCAAUAUGUCAGAAAAGAGUGGCACACCUCCAUACCACUCGUCCCCACGGCCAUCAUUCUAUGCCUCUCGGAAUAAUCUUGAGCGGGACUCUGAAGUUCUUUCCUUUAGCCUGGAGGAUACCUUUAGAGAGAUGGAUGAAUAUGAGGAAGAUCCCUUAAACUUCAUAGAUGAGGGUAUCUGGGAUUCUGAUGAAGCAGAGAGGUCUGACCCAAUCUUGACCUUCCUCAACUUGGAAUAUUUUGAGGACUCCUUUGAGACUCUUUACGACCUCUGCUACUCUUUCCUGGAGACUGUCUUUAAUGGCCUGUCAGAGGACGAGGUUCUUCAGCAUCUGGAAAACUUGCGAGAAGUAGCAAAGAAAGGCAGGAUGCUGUGGGCCCACCGGCGAGCUUGCUUCCUUCUAGGCAGGCUGUCUGCCAAAAAACUAAAAUACUCACAGGCACGAGUAUAUUUUGAGGAGGCGUUGAAAGUACCUGUAAAUGGUUUUGAUGAUGAACCACUUUUGAUAGCCCUAUACACCAAUCUCACCGCUGUUUAUCUAAAACAGAAGAUGAUGGACAAGUUGCCAUUUACUCUGGAGAAGGCCAGUGCUCUGAUUCUGUGUCUCCCAUGCCACAACUUUUGCUCUGCGGAUGAGUUUGAGCUGCUUAAACCAAUCAUGCGCAAAGCUAUAAUCGAAAAGGACAAGCACCUCGAAGCUCGGACAUGCUACCUCUGUCUCUCUCUCUUUCUUCGCUUAAGGAAAGUAGAGGAUGCAUUGCCUUUUGUGGAAAGGCUUCAGUUUCUCACCAUCACUUUGUCUGCUGAGGAAGGGAGGCCUGUUGCUCCAGUGGAUCUUAACUGGAUGCUGUGCAGGCUUUAUCAUAAAAAGUAUUUGCCCUUUCUCACACUAGCCUCUCUGAGCCUAGACUCAGGACAAGAGCAUUCCUUGGACGAUGCAUUCCAAAAAAUUGAACUCUUUAUCAAAAAUUCAGCAAGGCUAAAUCCUCACUGUAGAGAAAGUACUUCAGUGCCUUCUGCACAGGUUGUGGUCUAUCUUCAGCAGGCCUUGUCCAUAGCUAGUCGUACCGAUGAUCUAAAGACACGAAGGGACCUGUGUCUUUCCCUGGCUAGUGUUUACCAGCAGAAUGGAGCUCUAGAGAAGGCCGUGCCCUUUGCUCAGCAGGCAGCACAGACAGGUGGCAAAAUUAAUGAAGAGGAGGGCUUUGAGGCAUCUGUACUGCUGGCCUGGCUCUUGGUUCUUUCAGGGGAUCCCGAACAAGUUCAGUCUAACCUGCAUCCAUUGCUAAAGUCUUUAAAUGAAACGGACAGUCCGGCACAGCGUGGUGUGGUCUACAACCUCCUAGCCUUGUGCCUCCGCAAACAGGGAAAGGUUCAGGAGGCGGCAAGAAACUUUCAUUGCGCCCUACAGAUUUCCAGAGAGAAUGGGAACAAGCGUAAUGAAGCACUGGCCCUGGCUAAUAUGGGUUGCUUGUCUCUAUCCAUAGGGGCUCCAGGACUGGCAGAGUGUUUUCUGCUUAAAUCCCUACACCUGUACCAGUUUCUUUCAGAGAGCCCUACGGAUGAGGAGCAUGUCCAGACUCUGCUGUGGCUGGGAAGGAGCUACAAGGAUAGAGGAGGGAGUCAGGAGGUCAGGCUGUGCUAUGAGAUGGGCCUUCUUAUUGGCAUUAGUGCCAACAAUCUGCACAGUCAGAUGGUUGUGGCAAAAGUCUUAAGUCGUCAUUAUGGUGACCUGCUGCUAUACGGACAGAGUAUUGUUUACUAUGAGCACUGUGUGGGGUUAUGCAGAACACUUAAAAACAAACAAAAAGAAGGAGAAUACCUGGAGCUCCUCAGCAACCUCUAUCUUUCACUCAACACUGAGAAGUCCUCAAGGAAGUCACUUGACUACUCAAAGCAAAGUUUAAGGAUCUCCAUAGAUCUGGGAAAAAGACAGGAGGAGGCUGAGACAUGGCUGCAAGUGGGCCGUAUCUACUAUCUGAUUCAUGAGGAUGAACUGGCUGACAUGUACCUUCAGGCAGCAGUAAAGACAGCACUGAAGAUGACUGACCCGUGCUUCGCUAUGAACAUUUAUGAAGAGGCAGGAGAUGUGUUUUUCAAAGGACACAGAAACCGCCUAGCUGCCUUACCUUUCUUCAGGGAUGGAAGUCUGCCAUUUGCCCGGAGCAUUAAGGAUGUGCACUCCGAGUUUAGGCUGCUGAGUAAACUUACAGAGCUCCUGAUGCAGCAGAAGCAAUAUGAGGAGGCACUGCAAUAUGCCACACUCGCAGUGCAGGUUAGCACCACUACUGGUGUGCCUCUGAAUGAGAGAGCGUCCUUCCAUCGUCUUGCAUCAGUUUACUACUCUCUAGAGAAAUAUGAGAUGGCUGAGAACUACUACCUUAAGUCUGUUUCACUCUCGUCCAAUGAACUUGAACAUCCCAUUGAAGUUCGGUACUAUGUUAAAGUCUACUGUAGAUUGGCUGAUCUGACACUAUACAAAUUAAAGGAUGCCUUUGAUGCAAUGGGCUACUUCCACUUAGCCCUGGCGGCGGCGCUGGAGGACAAAGAAAGCCUGAGCACAAUAUACAUCAUCUACAUGAAGCUGGCAGAGAUCCAUGCCAACCACAUGCCCGAUGCUGAGCUAUGUAAGACUUAUAUGGACUGCGCACAGAGUCUGAAGAGAGAACUGGCAGGAUAUACAGACUCUACUGAUCCACAUACGGAUCAUGCAAAUGCAGACUGUGUUGAGUUUGUCACUCAGACCAAACCUGACAUGUCAGACUCCAGCAGUGGCACAAAAUUCAGCGUAGCUGAUGCUUGCCUUACAAUCACUGACCAGGAGGAGUCUGAGUUGGUCUCUAACAUCAGUCACAAAGAAGACAUGGAUACUAGAUUAUCUGAAAAAAUGGACUCAGGGCCUCCCGAUCCAGAGACUAUUUGCACAGAUGAAACAAACCACACUAAUGGAAGUACAUUUGCAGAGGGUGUGACGUUUAUAAUGUAGAUGCAUGUUGGAUGUGCAAGUAUGCAGCAUACCACAUUUUUUGGGCCAUAUGUUCACUCUAAAAGCAUUUCUUUAAAUACAUUAGUGCAAUAAGACUUUAUCUCGUUUAAUUAAAUGUUUUCUAUUGCUUGAUAGUGUUUCAAGAUUAAUUUGAAUGAUUUUGUAUAAUUGUAAAUAUGUAUAUUGUAUCACUGUAUAUUUAUAUUUGCGCUGGCUGUCUGAAUCUGCUGUUCAAUGUGCUUUUUUGUUUUGAGGGUUGUUAAAACCUCUAAUACAUUUUAAUUAAAAAUAUAAAAUUUCUAUAAA